CCUGGGCAGCAUCACUCCGGAGCCGGAGGAGCCCGAGGAGGAACCCGGGGGGGGGGAAAGCGGAUUGCGCAGCUCAUCCACGCGCUUCUUGCAGGAGGGCGGUCGGAGGACAGGGGGGCACUCGCUGCUGCUCGGUUCGGUCCGGUUCGGUCCGGCUCGGCUCGGCUCGGCUCCGUUCUGUUCCACGGCAGCAUGGGCGCGUCGGGCUCGGCGGCGCGGCGGGACGGACGGGGUCCGGAAGACGGAGAGGAGCGCAGUGCGGAGGCGCAGGAGGCGCAGGAGGAGCAGGGAGGAGGAGGAGGAGGAGGAGGAGGAGGAGAGCUCGCGGAGCCCAAGCUCCUGCAGAAGAACGGGCAGAUCUCCAGCCUGAACGGCAAAGCGGACGACCAGGUGGAGGACGUUGACGGCCAGGCCAAGGAUGAGGCGCUGGAGCAAGUUGGACAGACGGACUCCGUGUCCCAGAAGGAUGAUGGGCCAGAAACGGUGGAGCCGCUACAGGAGGUAGAGGCUCCACAGGUGAAUGAGGAGAAGAAGGAGGAAGAGAUACUUGAUGCUAAUGAGGUGACGUCAAAGGACAAGAUGGAAGAGGAGGAGCGAAAACAAGAUGAAGCCAGUGAGGUUGGAUUCAAGAAGAUCUUCCGAUUUGUUGGAUUCAAGUUCACUCUGAAAAAGGACAAAACCGAGAAGACUGAGCCAGUGCAGCUGCUGACAGUAAAAAAGGAGGAGGGUGAGCCAAGCAGUUCCGAUGAGCCUGGGGAGACCAAGGAGGAAGAAUCCAAGGGAGAAGGUUCUGCUGAAGAGGCUAAGGAAGAAGGUGCUGUUGAGGAGGCCAAGGAAGAGGGUGCUGUUGAGGAGGCCAAGGAGGCUGGUGUUGUUGAGGAGGCCAAGGAGGCUGGUGCUGCUGAGGAGGCCAAGGAGGCUGGUGCUGCUGAGGAGGCCAAAGAGGCUGGUGCUGCUGAGGAGGCCAAGGAGGAUGGUGCUGCUGAGGAGGCCAAGGAGGAUGGUGCUGUUGAGGAAGCAAAGACACAGGGCGCUACUGAGGAGCCGAAGGCAGAAGAUUCUGUCAAAGAACUCGCGCUACAAGACAAAGAGGAUGCUCAUGAGAAGCUGCUGGCUGAAGAGCAAGCUGCCGAGUGUUCUGCAGUUGCAGACAUAGUCAAUGACAAAGCCUCAGAUCAGAUGGCGGGAACCCAGGAACUCACCCAGGAGGCCACCUCUGACAAAGAGGCAGAGUCACAGGGCGAGUCCCCAACCAGUCCUCCUGUCCAGGCGACACAGUCCCCUUUAAGGAGAUUCUUCACACAAGGCAUCUUCUCAAAUUUGCGAAAGAAGGCAAGUUUUAAAAAGCCCAGAGAAGAGGAGCCACCAAAAGAGAUUAAGGUUGAAGAGGAAAUAAAGGAAGCUGAGGAAACCACCGAAACUGCAGCUGAGGAAGCAGAGGAGACAAAUAAGCAGGAGAUGCCAGAAGCUCAAGAGGAACCACUAACUACUCCAGAAGAUACCAAGACAGAAGAUGUGGCAGAACAAGGUGCAACCAUAGAGCAAAAGGAGGACGAGAUUAAAGCUGAGGUUAAGGUGGACAUUGAUGUCACUGAGCCCACCCCAGCAGAUGCAACAGUAACUCUUCCAGUUGAAAGUAGUGGUGACAUUGUAUCCACAGAGGGAAAAGCAGAAGAUACCCCUGAAGGAAAAACAAGUACAGAGGAUGUUCCUGCUACAAUAAUCACUGAGGCUGAACUUCUGUCUUCACAAGAAAAAGCCAAGACUCAAGGAAGUCCACUUAAAAAACUCCUCACAGGAACAGGCUUAAAGAAACUAUCUUCCAAAAAACAAAAAGCAAAGAAAGAGGCUGAGGCAAAGCUGACAGAAUCUGGUGAACAAGUUUCCGAGCAACUCCAGUCAUCCACCGAAUCCGCAGAAGGCCAGAAGGGAGAGAGCUCUCCUUCUUCUCCAGAGGAGUCAGCAGAGCAUGUUAUUGGGGAAUCUGGCCAAGCAGAAGCAGGUCCUGAAAAUGAAAGUGAUGCAGUCACCUCUGAUGGAGAGAGGAAGAAGGAUGGAAUUCUUCCUUGGGCCUCCUUCAAGAAGUUGGUGACACCAAAGAAACGUGUCAAAAGGUCUUCGGAAAGUGAGGAUGAGGGGACAGAAAAGCCCAAAUCUGCCACACUAUCCUCCACAGACAGUGCUGCGGAGAAGCAGGAAGAGCCCAAACCUACUGAGGAAGAGCAGAAGACAGAAGUCAUGACAGAAGAACCAAAAAAGAAAAUGGAUACAUCUGUGUCUUGGGAAGCCUUGAUAUGUGUUGGAUCUUCCAAGAAGAGAGCAAGGAAAACCUCUGAUUCUGAUGACGAGGCACCAAAAAUAGAAGAGGAAGCUCAGACAUCAGGAGAGGAACAUGGAAAAACCGCAGAAUCACCACUUGGAAGUUCCCAAGAAGCAGAUCAUGAAAACCUGUCCUCUCCAGAGCAGGCCGGGAGUCCAUCGGAAGCAGAUGGAGUGUCCACCUGGGAAUCGCUAAAAAGAUUCGUCACCCCUAAACGGAAAGUUAAGACAGAGGACAAGGUUGAGGAACUAACUGGUACCACCAUGACUGAGCAGAUACCUUCUGACAGUGAAAUUCCCAAGGAGGAAUCCUCCUUCUCGCUCAAGAAGCUAAUUCCUGGGCGGAAGAAAAAGAAGUCAGAUGGGAAGCAGGAUCAGGUGUCAUCUGACGAGGCAGGAAAAGAUAAGGGGUCGGCAGAGGAGGACUCGGACACACCUGCCGUGGUUCCCCUGUCCGAGUACGAAUCUGAACAGGCCGAACAAGUUGAACUUACACCAAAGGACAAGGUGGAAGCUGUUGAAAAGAAAACUGAAAUCCCUGAGGUUCAAGAGUCAAAGCCAGGGGUACCCACUGCAGAGGCUGAGACAGUGAAGUCUAGUGGUGUAGUGCCUACUGCAGGAGCUCACGUCAAAGCUGAUAUUGAUGAACGAUCACCAUCUUGGAUAUCACCCUCAGCUGUGGAGGACCUUCAGGAGGCAACAGAAUGCAUAACCAAACAGCCAUUGAGUGAUAUACCUGAAGAAGGGGACACCAUUGCCACUCCCAAAUCUACCGCUGAAGAAGGUUCCAGAGAUGACACGAUAGCUGAGGACAUCAUAGAACUAUCUUCAGAGGCAGUGACAGCUGUGGAGCAAGUCCCUGAAGUGUCCUUUACUGAAGAGACUACCGAAAUGCUUUCGGCUGUCUCACGACUAACAGAAUCCCCUGGGACAUCUGGCGACAUGACUCCAGUACAGGGAGAGUAUGAAAUUGAGAAAACGGAAGUCAUCGUGCAAGAAGUAGUGCAAACGAUCAGCGCAAUACAAAACGUUCAGUCGGUGACAGUGUCGGACGUGCACCGGGAAGCUGUUGCCGUUUCCAGCACCCCACAAGUGAUGGAGUCUGCCACAAAAGAGAAGACGGUGGUUUUAGAGCCCCAUCUUAAAUCUGAAGCUGUUGCUAUUUGCACGGGUCUUGAAACUCAGGAAAUUGAAUCUGCAGAGGAGAAGACACUGCAGACCUCUGUGGAAAGCCUCACUGAGGUGGAAGAGGUUCUGUCCACAGAAAUUGUGGUUGAGGAUAAGACUGAGAAAUGUGAAGUGGCAGGUGUUGGAGAAGAGCACAUCUUUGCUGCUGAAGUCCUGGAGAUCAAAUCUGAAUUUAGGGAUCCAGAGCCAAUGACUAAAAUAAAAGAGACACCAAAACAGGUGGAAAUCAAUGUGGAAACAGCAAGUGAAGUGCAAGAAGAUGAAGUUUUACUAAUGGGGGAAGUUAAAGACAUACCAGAUCCUGAAUUUGCAAAUGUCCUACAAGAACAAAAAGCCAUCAAUGUAGCGUUAGUCAAUUUAGUGUUGGGUGAGACUGAAGUACUGGAAGAACCCGUAGUGGCAGAGAACACACCAAAGACUGAGACUGAAGGUCCAUUAGAAACAAAGCUAGAGGAGUCUGUCUGUGCUGAGUCUGCUGAUGUCACUGAAGUCGCCUCUUUGGAGGCAAAUAAAGUGCAGGAAUUUGAAGGUACGAAGGAGGAUGUUGCUGAUAUUGAGCAUGCUCCUUUGGAAGAAGUGGUCCAGUGUGUGGUACAAGAAGUAACUGCCUCAAUGCCUGAGCCACCUACAAGUGAACCCACAGAAGUCCAAGAGGCUCCCAUUGCUGUUGUGGCACCAGCAACAGAAAUCUCAAUGUCUAAAGAGAUGGUUGCCAUCAUUACCCCUCUUUCUGAGUCAGUUCCCAUGGAGACUGCCGAUAUCAAGGAUGAGGCACCAAUGGAAAGAAUUUCAUCACUGAAGUUCGCAGAUGACCAUGAGGUCCAGGUUAAACAGAAGGAGAUAGAUAUGCUAAACAUGAAACCAGCUGUUGAGGCAGAUAUUGAGGUAGCUUCAACCACCUUUAGUGCUACAGUGGAGGAUGUUUGUGAGAAAGUGGAGAACCUUAAUGUAAUGGAAGCAGAGCAGGUGAAAGAGCAGAAAAUUACUGAAGAGCACAGCACCACUACUGUUCACUUGAUUAUCCAGAAUGUGGUGGAAGACAUAGAAAAACCGACUAAAACAGAGACUACUCAGGUUCAGGACACACCAAGUAUGGAAAGCUCCCUGGCGGAGGAGACAUCGCCGACAACAACUAUGAAAGAUAAAACAUUGCAGGACACAGCAGUUCAUAAGAAGCCUGAAGAUGCUGAGCCCCAGGUAGAAGAGAAAGCAGAUACAGAGAAGACAGAAGAUGAACAUGCACAGCAAGUUCCUGCAGAAGAGGUCAAAGAAGCUGUAGUGGACAGUAAAAUGACAGAAGAAUCUCUAAUGUCCACAGUCGCUGAACAACAUGUGAAGAUGGUGCUAGAAGCAGUUCAGGUGGAAACUAUGGAUACAGUCCAGUUUAAAACAGCAGAAGAGUGUGUGGUUCCUGUAGGGAUUCAUCAAGAAGAUGUAUCUGUGCAGUCUCCAUUCAAAAACAAACAGGAAAUAGAUGAGAUGGCGCAGGAUGGAGAAAUGAAAGUUAAAAAGCAGCAAAAAGUGGAAAAAGAAGGUAUGGAAAUUCACGAAAAGGCAAAAGGAGAGGAAGCAGAUAAGGCUUGGAGUCAGGAGGAGAAGAAGCCAAUGGUGGACAUUCGGGAAAAGACAGAAAGUGAAGAAGGAAAAAGUCAAGUAGAGGCAGAGCCAAAGAAACCAGUCAGGCUUGCUGAGUCAGUAGUGGCUCAAGAGUCUCAGGAGCCAGAGGCUGUUGAAGCCACUGCUGUUGUAACUACAGGCCAAAAACUGAUUUGUCCAACUUUAACAACCCACCCUGUGGAGAAGGAAGAAGUUGUGGUACAGGAGGAGAGCAUCAAAGUGGAAACUGGGCCAGCGCCAGUUGCGGAGACACAAGAUGUAGCAUCUGACAUGGUUUCGGACGAGCCAGAAGAGGUUGAAAAGGUGCUGAAGGACACGGAUGAGGAGGUGCAGCUUGAGGCCACUGCUGUUGUCACCACAGUCGAAAUACUGUUGUGUCCAGCUCAAGCUCUGGAGGAAAAAGUAGUAACUCAAGAGGAGAGCACCAUGGUGGAAACUGAGCCAGAAUCAACCUCUAAGACACAAACAGAGGAGUCAAAGGCCGUUUCAGAGGAGCCAAAAGAGACAGAAAAGGAGCAACAUGAAGCCACUGCUGUAGUAACUACAAUCCAGACGUUAGUAUGUCCAGCUUUACCAACUCAAACUGUGGAGAAGGAAGAAGUGGCUCCUCAGGAGAAGAGCACCGUGGUGGAAACUGAACCGGAAUCAACCUCUAAGACGCAAAUGGACGAGUCGAAGGCCGUUUCAGAGAAGCCAAAAGAGGCUGAAAAACAGGAGGAGCAACAUGAAGCCACUGCCGUAGUAACUACAGUCCAAACAUUAGUGUGUCCAGCUUUACCAACUCAAACUGUGGAGAAGGAAGAAGUGGUUCCUCAGAAGAAGAGCACCGUGGUGGAAACUGAGCCAGAAUCAACCUCUAAGACACAAACGGAAGAGUCCAAGGCCAUUUCAGAGGAGCCAAAAGAGACAGAAGAAGAGGAGCAACAUGAAGCCACUGCUGUAGUAACUACAGUCCAAACAUUAGUGUGUACAGCUUUACCAACUCAAACUGUGGAGAAGGAAGAAGUGGUUCCUCAGGAGAAGAGCACCGUGGUGGAAACUGAGCCGGAAUCAACCUCUAAGACACAAGUGGACGAGUCGAAGACUGUUUCGGAGAAGCCAAAAGAGACAGAAAAGGAGAAACAUGAAGCCACUGCUGUAGUAACUACAGUCCAAACAUUAGUGUGUCCAGCUUUACCAACUCAAACUGUGGAGAAGGAAGAAGUGGUUCCUCAGGAGAAGAGCACCGUGGUGGAAACUGAGCCAGAAUCAACCUCUAAGACACAAGUGGACGAGUCGAAGACUGUUUCGGAGAAGCCAAAAGAGACAGAAAAGGAGAAACAUGAAGCCACUGCUGUAGUAACUACAGUCCAAACAUUAGUGUGUCCAGCUUUACCAACUCAAACUGUGGAGAAGGAAGAAGUGGUUCCUCAGGAGAAGAGCACCGUGGUGGAAACUGAGCCAGAAUCAACCUCUAAGGCGCAAGUGGACGAGUUGAAGGCUGCUUCAGAGAAGCCAGAAGAGGAUGACCAACUUGAAGCCACUGCUGAAGUAACUGCAGUCCAAACAUCACCUGGUAAAACCCAAGCAGACACAGGUAAAGACUCAGACAUCCCCACAAAGGCAGCAGAUGUUAAAAAAGAAGAGAGAACUGACCAGGAGUCUGCAGAGAAGGUGAAAAUUCAAUCAGCUGUUGUUUACGCUAAAGGCAAGGUAGAAGUUUCUGAACCGGAGGUCAUCGAUCACUGUGAAAGUGUUGAAAUCGUGCAGAUGGAGGCUGCGGUAGAGUUCGCUGUUCAAACCGGAAAAAUCCAAGUAGAAAAGGGCGGUGCAGGCAGCAGCACUGAACCAAGCUCAAAGGACGAAGUAGCUUCCGCAGACUGUAAAGAAGCAGAACACCAGAAGCCAGAGCCAUCGGCAGGUGACAAGGACGCAUGCAAGCUACCGAAAUCAGAAGAAGCACGCCAUCAAGAGUCUCUAGCUGGAGAUGCACCAGGCCGAGAAGUCUCUGCUCAGAAUGGCACGAGUUCACAGCCCGAAGGCAAGGAUAAAUCGGAAGAAAAGGGGCACGCUUCAACAGAAAGCCGUGAAGAAGCGAAGUCGAAGGGCGAGGAGGUGGGCGAAGGGCAGCUGGCCACCACGGCGGAGGCCGCGGGGGCAGCGGCGGUGGGAGAGAAGGCUGCGGAGCUCACUCUUCUUAAAGAGGCCCUUGAGAUCACCGGGGACGUCCUACUAGAGACUGUCAGCGAAAUAGAGUCGGUGUCGUCCGAGCUGACGGCAGCAUCCUGAGACGGGCUGCUGCAGCGAAGCGAAUCCCUGCCUGGGAGACAGAAGGAGGUUCGAACGGGAACCGCAGGCCGUUUCUGGAGAGCGCACCGAGACUGGGCUCUGGCUCCCGGAGAAAGGGACUGUAGGACAGCAUCGCCUCCCCCCCCCCCUCCGUCUGUCCGUCUGUCCGUCCGUCACCGAGGCAUUCCCUGGGGCCCUGCCUUGAGCUCCGCCCACCACUCUGCACAGCUCCACCCUCGUCACGACGCUUCCGUCCAGCUCUUAACAAACGUGACCUGCGCCUGCUGCGUGCGCCCGACCCCGCGACCUCCCCUGCUGCCUGCGCGACUGUCCUGUAGGGAGACCCCAAAUGGUGUGUGGUUUUCCCAGGAAUGGGCCACACCCUCUUGUACAUUGUAUUUAUAAUAUCAAAACUAAGAUAACCCCCCCCCCCCCACACACACACACACACACGCGCACACACACACGCACAUACUCUUCCUUUUGUAUUUAUAUUCUUUUUGACAAAGAAUACUCAAGUUCUCCUUAGCCUGCUUUACAGCACUAAACAUUGUUUCCGGCUCGUACGCAGGUCCCACGGUACAAGACGUUCGUGUUGAAAAGAGUGAUUUAAAAGCAAAACAAAAACAAACCCUGAGACAAUGUGAAUGCGACACAGCUCCUGAACAUCUCCCUCCGCAGGUGUGUUGUGGGUUCUCCCCCCGCUCCCCGGCCUUUCUCGUGUUCAGGGAAGGUGAGCACUAUCAAGUUGGCUGUAGUACCUCAAUCGCUCCAAUCGGCCCUCGAUCACGUUCACUUUUUAUUGCCUUGCUGACUGUAAAAUACAUCAAGACUAAAAAAAAAAUACCUAUUCUUACUAAAUCCUAUAUAUGGCAUAUACUGUUGUAUUAAAAAAAAAUGAAUAAUGUAGAUAUCUCUGCUUAUGGAAGGACCGAGGGAUCAUUUUUGCUGUUGCUUUGAUAAUGUGAAAGGGGUAUAUUUUAAAGAACGAGCUCGGACGCGACUGGGAUUAAGAAAACCGUAUCGUCGACACGCCGUCCGACGCAGCGGACCAAAACGUGCCGUGCGCAAACGCACGGCUCACGCGGACGUCGUAGGGGACCCGCGCCUCGCACGCGCCGCCCUGGUCUGUCGCACACUUCAUGCUGAUCAUUUUAUAUGGGGAAAUAAACGUUGUCACUUCCACG